UGUUUGAUGCAAACAGUUGGUUGAAACUCUCUCAUACUGACUCCCUCUUUGUCCCUUGGUGAGCAUAGAAAUGGGUGUGAGCAGCAGUAGGAGUGUCUGCAGUUAAGUAGAGGAUUGAAUUACCGAGCACUGCUGUUCCCUAGCUGACAAGGUAGCAGAACAGCAAACAAAAGUGCCUUGAAAAGAGCUCGCCAAAGAGAAGAGAAAGUGCUGGGAUCGCCAAGGAGGGAGAAUUGCAAGGACGCCGGGCGCUUUCCAACAAGCUCAGAGUUCAGGAUGGCAGAUGGUGACACAAAUCUUCCCACUAUUGAGAGAAGGCUGGGUCUGCAGAUAUGGAGCAUAGAGAACAUGAAGAUGGUUCCUGUACCUGAAAAAGCCUAUGGGACUUUUUUUGAAGGGGACUGCUAUGUAAUUCUGCAUAGCAAAAGAACCUCUCGUGGCACCGCUGUGGAUUUGCAUUACUGGAUUGGGAAGGAUUCUUCUCAGGAUGAGCAAGGUGCUGCAGCCAUGUAUGUCACCCAGCUGGACGCUGCGCUCAGGGGAAGCCCUGUGCAGCACCGGGAGGUGCAGGGACACGAGUCGGAGACCUUCCAGAGCUAUUUCCGCAACGGCAUUAUUUACAAGAAGGGAGGAGUGGCCUCAGGAUUUAAGCAUGUGGAGACCAAUAUGUACAACAUCAAGCGUCUUCUUCAUGUCAAAGGGAAGAAGCACGUGUCAGCCACAGAGGUAGCACUUUCCUGGGAUAGUUUCAAUAAGGGCGAUGUGUUCCUGCUGGACCUUGGGAAAGUGCUGAUCCAGUGGAAUGGGCCCAACUGCAGCAUUGCUGAGAAAUCCAGGGGCCUCGCACUGGCUCGUAGCAUCAGGGACAGCGAAAGAGGCGGCCGCGCUCAAAUCGGCAUCAUUGACAACGAGAAGGACUCCCCAGACCUCCUCAAGAUCAUGAAGAUGGUGCUUGGUGAGAGGCAUGGGGAGCUCCGAGACGCCAUCCCGGACACGAAAGCAGAUGAGCUGCAGAAAGCAAACGUCCGGCUCUAUCAUGUCUACGAGAAGGACAACGACCUCGUGGUGCAGGAGAUAGCCACUCGGCCCCUGACGCAGGACCUGCUCCAGCAUGAGGACUGCUACAUUUUAGACCAAGGUGGCUUUAAGAUUUACGUCUGGAGAGGAAAAGCCUCCAACCAGGAGGAGAAGAAAGCAGCCUUCACUCGAGCUGUGGGUUUUAUCCAAGCCAAAGGCUAUUCUUCUUCCACCAACAUUGAAGUGAUCAAUGAUGGUGCAGAGUCAGCUAUGUUCAAACAGCUCUUCCAGAGAUGGACGGAAAAGGAUGAAACGCAGGGGCUGGGCAAAGUCUAUACCGUUGGCAAAACUGCCAAGGUGGAGCAGGUGAAGUUUGACACCACUCAGCUCCAUGCAAGACCAGAGUUGGCUGCUGAGCAGAGGAUGGUGGAUGAUGCCUCUGGGGACGUAGAGGUGUGGAGAAUUGAGGACCUGCAAAUGCAGCCAGUGGAUCCCAAGACAUAUGGGCAGUUCUAUGGAGGUGAUUGCUACCUGGUCCUGUACACCUACCUCAGAUCUGGCCGGCCUCACUAUGUCCUCUACAUGUGGCAGGGUCGCCAUGCCUCUGUGGACGAAAUCACUGCCUGUGCCCUCAAUGCUAUCGAGCUGGACAAAAAGCAUGGGGAUGAGGCUGUGCAGGUGCGCGUGACAAUGGGCAAGGAGCCAGCACACUUCCUGGCAAUCUUCAAGGGCAAGCUGAUCAUUUACGAGGGUGGCACAAGCCGGGCCCAGAAAUGCAACCCCGAGCGAGCAGUCCGCCUCUUCCAGGUGAGAGGCACAAAUGAGAUGAACACCAAGGCCACAGAGGUGCCAGCCAGAGCCUCCUCUCUCAACUCCAAUGAUGUCUUCCUGCUAGCAACCAACCAAGUCUGCUACCUGUGGUGUGGGAAGGGCUGCAGCGGAGAUGAGAGGGAGAUGGCAAAGAUGGUGGCUGACAUUGUCUCCAGAAGGGACAAGCACACCAUUUUGGAGGGACAGGAGCCAGCAGAGUUUUGGGAAGCCCUGGGAGGCAAAGCCCCUUAUGCCAGUGAAAAGAGGUUUCAAGAGCAGAUCACACACUACCAACCUCGCCUCUUCGAGUGCUCCAACCAGACGGGUCGUUUCAUCAUGACAGAGGUGGUGGAUUUCUGCCAGGAAGACUUGGAUGAAGACGAUGUCAUGUUACUAGACACUUGGGAAGAGAUUUUCCUCUGGAUUGGCAAAGCCUCCAACACAUAUGAGAAGAAUGAGGCAGUUGCCUCAGCUAAGGAGUAUCUCAAGACCCAUCCAGCAGGGAGAGACUUGGCAACUCCAAUCAUACUGGUGAAGCAGGGCUGUGAGCCCCUCAACUUCACAGGGUGGUUCAACGCUUGGGACCCCUACAAAUGGAGUGAUGGCAAAUCAUAUGAGGAGAUGAAGAACAGCUUAGGAGAUGUGUCAGCUCUAUCUGAGAUCACAGUGGACCUGAACAACAUCAGCCUGAGCAAAAGAACCCUCAGCAUGACCAAUCUGACUAGUUCAAGCACAUCAAGUGUUUCCCCAGAGUACAAAUCUCACUUCAACCACAAUGACGGCAGCAGCUACGCCAACAGCAGCUCCAAUGGCAGCCCUUUCACAGUGCCCAAUGACCAGGGAGUUUACUCCCGAGAGGUGCUGAUGAACAAGACUGUGGAUGAACUUCCAGAAGGAGUGGAUCCCACUAAAAAAGAGUACUAUCUCUCUGAUGCUGAUUUCCACGAGAUCUUUGGGAAGUCCAAACACGAGUUCUACCAGAUGCCCAAAUGGAAACAGCAGAAUGAGAAGAAGCAGUGUGGACUCUUCUGAGACCGCAGGGGCCACCUGGCAUCCAACAACUUUGGGACCAACCCUUCUCUUAGGAGAUGAAGGGAAGAAGCACAGACAUUGGCUCAACAAACCCAAUCCAACAUCUCAAUCAGGCCAAGUUCCAAUGCAGUUAUUCCAGCAGCCUAUAUUCAGGGAAUGGCAAAAUGUUUUGCAGGAAUGGCUUUCCAUGAAGUUUUUGCUUCUUUCAGACACUUUAUUGCUGAUAGCUGUGAAGACAAGUGGUCAAAACUGCAUUGUAGCCUCUUCUUUCUUCACCCUUUUGCAGUUUGCCACAUCUGCAAGAUUGCAAUCCUCCUCCAUUUGUAAAAGUUAAGAUUUAGGUAAGACAGUGGCAACUUGCAGCUGUUACGUGAAUUCUGGAUGGGGUAAGAAGGGGAAAGCCCUGGGGGGAAGGACAGAGUGCCUUGGAGUCAGGGGAAGGGAAUGGAAUAGCCAGAUGUGUGCUGGGGUAGCCCAUGGAGUGCAACUGGCCAGUUAAGAACCUUCUCAUCCUGCAGAAAAGCUAAUGCACACAUCCAAUGAGAAUCAAUUGUAGCUUAAUAUGCAUAGCCUAAUACAGGUAAAACAACUAAGAACCUAGGUUGGGGGGAAAGAUGCUCAUACAUAUGUAGACUAUUUAUUAGCUGUUCUAUUUCAAAAAGAUGAUGAGAUUUGGGGCUAGAUGCAGCUGUUGAUUUUGACUGCCCAACAAAACUCUGCAUCUCCAAUCUCACCUGGCCUUGCUGAGCUUGACUGGGUGUGGGUAAGUAUGAGUGCACCUGCCCACAGAGCAGAGCCUUGAUGAAGCCAGGAGGGCUUGGAGGAUGAUAACCUGAGGCAGGAUGUGUCCCAGUGGAGAGCUCCAUCCCUGUGAUGUCCAUGAGCUGAGGGUGCUGGUUCCACAUUGAGCUCAAUCAGAUUGGAGAGGGAAAUAGGAGUAAGAGGGAUGAAGGGAUGCAACUGUAUAAGAAAAGAGGAAAAACCUAUGUUUAAAAAACCAAAAGAUGUGGUUUUAAAGCUUUACUCCAUUUCCAGCCUGAUUGAUGAUUCCAAAUAAACAGCCAACAGCAGCAUUGGAGAUGUCUUUGAUCAGUGUGUGGAAUAGGAUGGUGGUAGAGAAAAGCACUGCAGAACCAUUGCUAUUUCUUUCAUGGAAUUUAAAACAGUUUUUAGGAGAAAAGAACAAACACCACAAUCAUAGAAGCAUAGAGUUGUUUGAGUUGGAAGGGGCCCUUAAAGGCCAUCUGCUCCAAUUCCCCUGCAAUGAAGAGGGACACCCACAGCUCCAUCAGGUGCACAGAGCCGCAUCCAGCCUCACCUUAGGUGUCUCCAAAAAUGUGGCAUCCACAACCUCUCUAGGCAAUCUGUGCCAGUGCCUCACCAACGGUACUCCCCAUCAUGUGGGUUCUGCUCCUGAAGGUCCUAUGGGAGAUGAGGAGCUGCUGACAGCUGGUGGUCAAGGAGCUCUCAUGCAGCACUCAGGACCACACUGCAAUGCUGAAGCAUCACCAUCGGGUCAGGCUGGAGGCAGGGACCUCCAGUUGGUGGGAUAUUGGGGACAGAUCUUUGUGUUUGAGAAUUGGCAGUUACCUUACAUCAGCUGCAACACCAUCAUUACUUCCAUGAUCCAGCCAGCACCGUGGCCCAUUUCUGCUCAAGGGUCCAGCCCAACACCCCUUACAUGCAGGUAGGAGUCAAGCAGCGACACAAAUGUCUCAUCACCUGUGUGAUUCUCCCACUGUGAUCAUGAUAGAUACAACCACUGCACCUUUUUCCUGCUCCAACCACUAUCAGCACAGCUGGAAGCAGCAAUUUAUGUACAAUAUUUAUAGCACCCUGCUGUGGUGUGCUGUUGCCAGCUCCCACAUUAAUGAAUUGCAUGUGCCACUUCAUAAUGUGCCCAGAGAGCUGCGGGUGCCCCAUCCCUGGAGAUGCUCAAGGCCAGGCUGGAUGGGACCCUGGGAAGCCUGAACUGGUGGGGGGCAACCAGCCCACGGCAGAGGAGUUGGAGCUCUAUGAUCUUUACAAAUGAUUCUAUGAUAAAAUGCAGCAAUUCCACCUAUCGCCUUGCCUACGGGCCUAACGAACAUCACAUAAUUGAAUGGAGAGCAGCAGGAAUCCAGCCAGAUGAAGGAGAUGAGGCCAGUUUGUUCCAUGUUGCUUUGGUUCCUGCUUUUACCAGAAACACAGAAUAUCCCAAGUUGGAAGGGACCCCCAAGGACCUCAGCUGCCCCUCACAGCCCUUGCCCUCAGACUCUAUAUCACUCUAGGACUCCCAGAUCUGCCUCAGAGGCCUGUGCUGCUCACGAACUCUUUCAGUCACUGGCAAUUAAUUCCAUUUCAGACUUUUGGGUGUGGAUAUAAUUCACAUUUAAUCUGGCAAUGGUUUACAACAUCACAGAUUAUUAUAGUGAGGAGGAAAAAUCAGUUUGUCCAACAAUUACAGCAUAACAAAC